AUGGAAACCAUUCGAACAAAGACAAAAAUCGUAGGUAAGCCAAAAAUAGACUAUAAUGCGAGAAAAAAGUCUAUUAACCUGUCAGAUCAAACGGCUGCAUACAAUAACCCGUUACGGAAGUCAAUGAAGCGGUACUGAAAAUUAGGAUUCGAAUUUUUACUGAACACUGCUGUUGUGAAUUCGUUCUUUAUAUAUCAAGAAUCAAGCAGGCCAAAAGAUGUGCAUCACAACAUAUCGUAAAAAAUUGAUUGAGGCACUUACGCAGAAGAAGGACGAACAAAUCAACACACGUACAGAACCUCGGCAUCACUUGGAAAAAAAGGAAGGCAGUGCGCAUGAAGUUAGGAGAUACUGCACAGAAUGUUAUGAUACAAAUUCACAAAUGUUAGGUUCAAAGAUGGCGAAGAAUUUAAUGCAAAAAGUUACAACCUUCUGUAAUUAA